UGCGUAUUUCAUUUUAUCAUCAAAUUCGUAACAUUCAAGUUGUGUAGAAUUUGUUCAGUGAUGGCGAAACAUAACGGAGUUUUUUGGGUUUCUUCCGUACAUUUUUCGGUUUUAAUGCUCACAAUUCUUGUGGGACCAUCUGUUUUGGCAAGAGAUUUGGGACUAAAUGUACACAAACUAGAACCGAUUAAGUUGAAGUUUCCAGAUAUUCCAGAGCGAAAAGGACCCGCGGCAAUUGAGUACGUAAAUGAUUUAUUGACACCGCUGAAAUCAGGCGCAAGUGAUAAAGAUCCGAAUUUGAUAAUGACCGGUGAAAGUUGUGCUCGGGGUUUGGGUAGCUUAUACAUUGUAAAAACUGAUGAAGGAGAAACAUUAUAUACUUUAUGUUUCAAUGAUAAAAAGGCGAGUGCGAUUUAUACCACGCAUAUAGUUGACUUGGCUAACAAAACGCUUGAACGUUCUAAGCAUCUUAGUUUCAAAGCAAAAUACACAUUGCGAGGCUGGAAUUUGAAUUACUUAUACCAUGCUGGAAAUCAAACGCAGGCAUUUAAUGAAAAAUUCAUUCCGUUUACGGACCCGGAAACGAGAAAAAAUAAAUAUUUUUCGCGAAAUCAUUUAACUCCACACGCUGAUUUCGCAUUGAUCAAGCACCAGACAUUGACGUACUACUUUCAUAACUGCUUUCCAGGAAUGCAAUCAAUGAAUGUUGCGAAUUGGAGUAAACUUGAAGACUUGGUACGUGAUUUGUCAACUCAAAUGGGCAAGGUGCUGCGUGUGUUUACGGGAGUGUAUGGUAUUUUGAAGAAAAAAACCUUAAAAGGACAAAUGAUGGACGUCUAUUUAGAUCCGAAAAACGAGCGCAUUGAAGUUCCGCAGAUUGUGUUUAAAUUGGUGGUUGAUCAAAAAACGAAUGAUUCGGUGGCAUUUUUCACUUCAAAUGAUACCGAAAUGGAUGAACAACAGCAAAAUCACUUUGCAACGAUCUGUAAAAGUGUUUGUGAUGAGAUCGCAGCCAACUUUAAUCCAGAUGUAAAAGCUGGUCUCACCGUUUGUUGCCGCUAUGAAGAUUUUGCGAAACACAUUCAAUUCAUUCCGUUCAAAUUGUCUAAGAGUAAUUUGUUGAAAAAUCCAAUACGUAUAGAGCGCUCAAAUCGAUCGAAAUCGCCAUCCAAAAUGACGAAAUCAAAGUCACCAAAUCAAUCACCAACAAAACGUGAUCCCAUACUCGAACACUCAAAAUCUGAUAGCGAGCUAUUAAAAUCAAAAAGGUCAGGAUCAUUACCUCCAUCACCAACCAAAAGUCCGUCGGCGUCGAAAGGUAAAAAUUCGAUAGAAUCAAGUGAAGGCACAAAAUCACCGUCCAAAAAUACUAAAACAUCAUCACUUGAAAAAUCAACUUCACCGAAACGUGCUACUGAACGUUCGAACUCAAAAUUAUCGAAAGAAAACCAAUUACCAGCCAAAGAGGCCACUCAAUCGAAGUCUUCACCAAUGAGAAGAUCUCCAAGGUCGCAAGAUCGUAAAUAAUAUCAUGGAGAUAGAUACUGUUUAAAAAAAAGUAAAACGAAAAAUUGCAACGAUUCAUUAUUUAAAUGUGAUUUUCUAACGCAAUAAAUAAAAUUCAAACAAAGAAAAUUAAUAAAAAA